GGUUACACUUGAUUCAGUGUUCGACGCGAUGUCGGUGCUGCUCUCUUUAGUGGCUGGAGCCAUUGUUUUAUAUGUGAUAGUCUACUAUAAUGUCUUCAGAGGAGGAAGAUGCCGAAGUUGCGUGAAGCUGAAGGGGAAGACGGCCAUCGUUACAGGGAGCAACACUGGUAUCGGCAAGGCCACGGCUCUGGAUUUGGCCAGAAGAGGAGCCAGGGUCAUUCUGGCGUGCCGCAACAAAGAGAAAGCCGAAGCUGCUGCUUUUGACAUCCGACGAGAGAGCGGGAACAGCCAGGUGGUGUUCAUGCAGCUGGAUCUGGCCAGUCUGAAGUCUGUGCGUGACUUUGCUGAAACCUUCCUGAGGACUGAACCCAGGCUGGACCUGCUCAUCAACAAUGCAGGUGUGAUGGGUCCUGGCCGCACUGAAGACGGCUUCGGCAUGGCCUUCGGGGUGAACCACCUGGGUCACUUUCUGCUGACCAACCUUCUGCUGGACCGGCUGCAGCAGAGCGGCCCCAGCCGUGUGGUCAACGUAGCUGCGUUACUGCACCGCCUGGGCACCAUUGAUUUUCCUCUCCUGGCUUCCCAAAAGGAUCUGGUGUCAGGCCAGUCUACCUUGCAGAACCUUAAAGCCUACUGCAACAGCAAACUGUGUAAUGUGCUCUUCACCAGGGAGCUGGCCAACCAGCUGGAGGGCACCAGCGUCACCUGCUACAGCCUCCAUCCAGGAGUCGUCAACACAGAGCUGUGUUGCAACAUGAGCCUGUGGCAGCGGCUCCUCUUGUUGCCCGCGGCCAAGCUCCUCCUGCUGGACCCCGAGGCCGGGGCCCAGACCACCCUGCACUGCUGCCUCCAGGAGGGCCUCGAGCCCUUCAGCGGACGCUACUUCUCCUCUUGUGCCCUGCGUGAAGUGGGCGCCAAGGGACGCGAUGACGCCUUGGCCAAGAAGCUGUGGGAAGUGAGCGAGAGGUUAACAGGCUUGUCUUGAGGACUGAAUCCUAAUCUAGAAGCUCUUUGGGAGUAUUUAAAAAAAAAAAAAAAAACUCAGGGAAUUCGGUGUUAUUGA